AUGGCCGCGUCCUGUGCGGAGGACCCCUCGCUGGAGAGGCACUAUAAGGGCCACCGAGAUGCGGUUACCUGUGUGGACUUCAGUCUCAACACCAAGCACCUGGCCAGCGGCUCCAUGGACUCGUGCCUCAUGGUCUGGCACAUGAAGCCCCAGUCCCGUGCCUACCGCUUCACGGGCCACAAGGACGCCGUCACCUCGGUGAACUUCUCCCCUUCCGGCCACCUGCUGGCCUCGGGCUCCCGCGACAAGACCGUCCGCCUCUGGGUGCCCAACGUCAAAGGUGAGUCCACUGUGUUCCGUGCCCACACGGCCACGGUGCGGAGCGUCCACUUCUGCAGCGACGGCCAGUCCCUCGUCACAGCCUCCGACGACAAGACCGUCAAGGUGUGGUCCACCCACCGCCAGAAGUUCCUGUUCUCCCUGAGCCAGCACAUCAACUGGGUCCGCUGUGCCAAGUUCUCCCCCGACGGGCGGCUCAUCGUGUCCGCCAGUGACGACAAGACUGUCAAGCUGUGGGACAAGACCAGCCGCGAGUGUGUGCACUCGUACUGCGAGCACGGCGGCUUCGUCACCUACGUGGACUUCCACCCCAGCGGCACGUGCAUUGCGGCCGCCGGCAUGGACAACACGGUGAAGCUGUGGGACGUGCGGACCCACCGGCUGCUGCAGCACUACCAGCUGCACAGCGCCGCCGUGAACGCCCUCUCCUUCCACCCGUCGGGAAACUACCUGGUCACGGCCUCCAGUGACUCGACCCUGAAGAUCGUGGACCUGCUGGAGGGCCGGCUGCUCUACACGCUCCACGGGCACCAGGGUCCGGCCACCACUGUCGCCUUCUCCAGGACGGGGCAGUACUUCGCUUCAGGCGGCUCCGACGAGCAGGUGAUGGUCUGGAAGAGCAACUUCGAUGUGGAUGACGGAGACGUCCCCAAAGGGCAGAGGCCUCGGGCCGCGCUGGCCAGCUCCUCCCGGAACCUGCCAGACGUGGACUUCCACCUGCCGGGCAGAGCCAGGAGCCAGGAGCCGGCGCAGAGCGUGCCGCCGCCGAGGGAGCCUGCCAGCACGCCGCAGGCGCUGACCAGCGCGCUGGAGCACAUCGUGGGCCAGCUGGACGUCCUCACCCAGACGGUGUGCAUCCUGGAGCAGCGGCUGACGCUGACGGAGGACAAGCUGAAGCAGUGUCUGGAGAACCAGCAGCUAAUCAUGCAGAGAGUGACACCGUGA